ACCGAUCAGCACCAGCUAGUGGCAAGGGCUUAAUAAUUGUUUAAAUAAAGACUGCUACUGAUCCCUUAAAAUAUAUUCCGUUGACUAAAAACAAAUCUAUGUUAAUAUUUUUUAACAGAAAAAUACCAAUAACUUUUCUUUAUCCGAUCUUUUUUAAUUUUCAUUAUAAUUUUUUAUCCGAAUUGUUUGAUCAAAGUCCAGAAAGACUUUUUUUUUUCAAUUAUUAUCGCAAACUUAUUGCUGUUCCGAGCUGCUAUAGUUAGUCAAAUAUAACGGGAAGUUGUGUUUCUAAUUUUAAAGACCUGUUAUUCAUUUAUAUAAUAAUGGCAGGCAGAAGAAUACCGGAUCAGAAUUUCUACCGAACCAACUGGAAUGAACGAGCAUUUACAGUGGGCAUUCAUGGUCCAGUUGGCUCAGGGAAAACCGCCAUUAUCCUUGCUGUGUGUAAGAUUCUGAAAGAUCGCAAUAUCUGUGUUGUAACCAAUGAUUUCUACAGCACUAUUGAUGCUGACAUCUUGAUUCAACAAAAUGCUAUUCCAAAAGAGAAAGUUCGUUCUGUCGUAACAGAAGGAUGUCCAUUGGAAGUCAUGAAUAAAAAUCUUGAUGUAAAUCUGAAAGAAAUCAAAGAAUUGACCAAACUCUUUCAACCUGAAAUAAUUCUAUUAGAAUCUGCUGGGGAUUGUCUUGCAGCACAUUUUGACAGAGAUUUGGUGGAUUAUACCAUUUUAGUCAUUGACAUUGCAGGUGGCAAGAACGUUAUCAAGAAACGGAUAGCAGGCAAUGAUUACUGCGAGUUACUUGUAGUCAACAAAAUAGAUUUGGAAAAAGCACUGGAUAUUGAUAUGGAGGACUUCAAAGGUGAUGUUAUAAUGACUCGAAUGGACAGAGCCUUGUUGUUUACUUCUGUGAAAAAUGAUGAAGACAUGAAAGAUGUCGCUGAAUGUAUUGUCCGCGAAUGUUCACAGCAAAAGAACCAAAUACCACCAGAAUGUCCGUAGACUCAGCUUGGAGAGAUUUUCAACAUUUUGGUUAACUUCCAGAUAGCAUUUAAUGAUUUUCAGAAGUCACUACAACAAUAGCAACAAUAACCAGAAUGGUGAUAGUGUCAUAUAUUUUACUUUGCGAGGUCCAUGGAGAGAGAGAGCUUUUUUAAGUUCACUAAAUUGAACUGGUCCAAUAUAAUUAAUAAUUCAUGUUCCAAUUCGUCCUUUACUAGGAUUUGAACAUGGAAACAUGGCCCAUCUAACUAGACAUCAUAAACAAUUAGUUUAAUACUUCUCUAAUCACAACAAUUAAUGAUGAUUAUACUGAUAAUAAAUAUGAAUAAUAAGAAUAUUCCUAAAGAUAAUUAUGAGGCUAAUGAUUAUGCUGAUGAUGAAUAUGCUGCAGAUAAUGACAAUCCAAAUAAUGAAUAUGCUAAUGAUAAAUGUAUUUCUCAUGAUUAUGCUGAUGAUAAUGAUGAAAAAAUUUAAUGAUAAAGUCUUAAGUUUGUUUUAGAAUUCAAUAAAGUUUUAAAAUUGUU